GGGGAAAUCUGAAUAAUGCUGGAUAUUAUAUAUUAGGGGAUCGUUGAUUUUCUUGCCUGUAAUGAUGUUAAUUUGGAGAAUAUUCUUAUUAAAGGAUGCAUAUAGAAAUAUUUAGAAUAGAGUGUUUUGAUGUUUACAACUUUCAAAAAAUUGUUUUUCAGUAGGUGGUAUAUAGAGAGAAGGCAAACGUACCAGCGUUAAUAAUAUUGAGUCCAGAUGAAGGAUACAGGUAUAUUGUACCAUUCUUUAAACUUUACUGUUUGAUAUUUUCAAAUAAAACGUUUGGGCCAAAAUUAGCAGGGCUUUCUGCAGAUUAGUGCUUUAUAGCUUCAGACUCCCGGGUGCGCUCCUCGCUUAACUGCCCCGCCUGGGGAAAUCUUCCCUGAGGCUCAGUGUCACAGUCCAUCUGCAACCUCAGUCUAGACGCCCUUGCUCCCCAUUCCUGGUCUAGAGCGGUAUCGGACACCCAUCGAGAAGAAAGCACCUCCGAGAUGCCUAGAGAGGACAUCCUGACGAGUUGGGAAGCCGGAAGCCCAUUUCGAGGCACUUCCUGUCCAGUCAUUGUUCUCGCGCCGCCGGUAGGUGUAAAUUGGAUCGCUGGCCUUCUACUCCAGAACCUGCGAGCUCUGUCUGGAUCUCUUCUCGGCGCACGUAGACGAUACUCAUCCUGGCCCAGGGGAGAAACUCAAGAAGAAGCUGUUGAAACUUAAAAAUUAGAUGGGGCCUGACUUCUGCUGGGCAGCCCCCAGCUAUUGGAGUUCCCCUGCUGAGCAGAGAAGAUGACUGCAGAAUUGAGAGAGGCUAUUGCCCUGGCCCCUUGGGGCCCAGUGACAGUGAAAAAGGAAGAGGACGAGGAGGAGAACUUCCUAGGUCAGGCAUCCAGCCAGCAAGUGCACUCUGAGAACAUCAAGGUCUGGGCUCCUGGGGAGGGUCCUCAGACAGGCCUUGAUGUAUCAGAACAGGAGGAAAAGGGUCCAAACAUGUUCUGGGACAUGGCUAUGAUUCUGAAAGCAACGAAGGAGGUGCCUGCUGCUUCAAGCCUUGGCAGCUACUCGUUACCAGGGACUCUGGCCAAGAGUGAGAUAAUGGAGACUUAUGGGAACAUGGCUUCUCUAGUUGCUGAAACUAAGAACCCACAGUUACUGGUUCCAAAAACGGAGAUAUGUGAUGAAACAGAAAAACCCUUCAUAAUAUCAGGAAGAAUCCAGAAAGUUGACCCUCAAGGACCUGAGUUUGGAGAAGCCAGUGAAAAAGGGAACAUAAAGAGGCAGAGAAUCAAGAGGGAAAAGAGAGAUUUCAGACAAGUGACAGUGAAGGACUGUCAUGUACCUGAAAGUUUUAAAGAAGAGGAAGACCAGAAAUAUCAGAAAUCUGGGGAAAGAUAUAGUCUAAGUUCUGGCUCUAUUAAAAACCAGAAAAGCCAGCCUGGGCAGAAACCUUUUACAUGUAGUGUGUGUGGGAAAGGCUUUAGUCAGAGUGCAAACCUUGUAGUACAUCAACGAAUACACACUGGGGAGAAACCCUUCGAGUGCCAUGAGUGUGGGAAGGCCUUCAUUCAGAGUGCUAACCUUGUUGUGCAUCAGCGAAUCCACACUGGACAGAAACCGUAUGUUUGUUCAAAAUGUGGGAAAGCCUUUACUCAGAGUUCCAAUCUGACUGUACAUCAAAAAAUCCACUCCUUAGAAAAAACCUUUAAGUGCAGUGAAUGUGAAAAGGCCUUCAGUUACAGCUCACAACUUGCUCGGCACCAGAAAGUCCACAUUACAGAAAAAUGUUAUGAAUGUAAUGAGUGUGGAAAAACAUUUACUCGGAGCUCAAACCUUAUUGUUCAUCAGAGGAUCCAUACCGGGGAGAAGCCUUUUGCCUGUAAUGAUUGUGGCAAAGCUUUCACCCAGAGUGCAAAUCUUAUUGUGCAUCAGCGAAGCCAUACUGUUCAAAGCUAUUGGAAUAUGAAAACUUUUAGAAGGCUGAGGAAACUGGCUAAGCCAUACCUGGAAGCUUUUAAAGUCUCCUCUUUAUUCCUGAUAUACUCAAUUCCCAGAAGUACUCAAUGGGAUUUUUCAAUCUAGCGACUCAGGUACUUCUACUCUUGGAAAUUUUCUUGUGUUACUUAUGUAACAGUUCCCCCUUUCUGUUUUUUUUUUUUUUUUUUCUGUUUUUAAUCUUCUUGAAAUUUCUUUCGAUCACAUGUUGUACUUUGUGUGUUGAUCCUCAACUACUUGUUCCUUGCCUUGUGCCAUUUUCUGGGAGCAUACCUUGAUUAUUUUUCAACCUUUCUAGUGAAUGUUUUUACUUCAGCAGUAAUUAGUUUAACUUCUAAGAGCCUUUUCUUGUUUUCUGUUUGUUCCUUCUUUGUAGUCUACUCUUCUCACUUUAGAGAUACCUCUCAAAUCUGAGUAUUCUAAUUAGAAAAGUCUCUUUUGUCACCUGAAUGAUCUCACUCAUUCAUGCCCUUGCCCCUGGGUCCUUUUUUCUCUUUAUCACACUUUCACUGGAGACUUUCCUCAAAUAUGUUGUGAUUCUUACUGAUAAAUCAGCAUAUAUACACAUAUACAUAAAUCUGUGUGUGUGUGUGUAUGUGUAUCAAAAACUCAAAUGAGACCUCUGUGUAGUGAUUGGUGAGGAGCAAGCUGUUUCCCUGGAAACCUCUAAAUGCCAGAAUACAGAAGUCUUUUGUAUGGGCUGUUAAAUUUCUCUAGUAAAAAAAUCCUUUGAUGUUUUUGUCUGGGGUUGCUAUGAGUGCUACUGUAGGAGUGGGGGAGAAGAGAAUCAAGUGUUAAUUACAGACUUUGAGUUAAUGCCAAUUUUAAGCCCUUCUCUCUCUUCCAGCCUUCAUGUGUCUGGGAGUUCCAGGCUCCAGGCCGCUUGGCUCUGGCAGGGUAGGUCUCCUGCCUCUUUCCACUCCAUUGCCCUUGAAGUGUUCCCUGCUGUGACCACCCAGCUUUAUCAGUUACCACUUCAUCUAUUUCCCAUCUUCUAGAAAAUUUUCCCCAUAUCCCAUCAGUGUUAUUUAAACCAUUUUAAUCCAUUAUCAUUUCAGGGGAAGCUAAACCAUUUUAAAAAGAAUGUUGGUAUACUUUGGUACAGUAGUACUACCUUUAGAAAGCUAUCCCAAAAGAUGAGUAUUUUGACAAUGAUACUGUUAUUUGUCAGGGUUAUUAAUCUACAAAAGGUGUAAAUGGAACCCAAGUGACUAGAAAUGAUUAAAUUACAAUACGAUGGAAUAUAAUGUAACCACUAAAAAAAAAAUUUAAAGAAUGUUAAGUCAUACAAAAUAUUCUCCAUAUUAAAUGAAAAAUGCAAAGUACAAAGUUAAAUGGUGUGUAUAGAAAACCCAGUUUUCUUAAAUGUACAUGCAUAGAAAUCAGUCCAUCAGAUGUUAACAGUAGUUAAAUUUUCCACAUUGUCUGCAUUUUCUACAAUAAGCCUGAAUUACUUUCAUGAUCAGGAGGGGAAAAGUUAAUAAAAGAAAGUGGAGUGGGCAGUAGGGAGCCACAGUAUAAAGGACUGGGAAAAUAAAAUGCUCAGUUACCUCCAAGAACCAGGAGUUCCACCAGGGAAUAAUGUCACCCUGGUGUUUGGCAGACGGUUGUGCUGGAGUGUGGUGGCUAGGCGGGUAAGGGAAGAAAGGAGUCCUGGAGGCCACAUGGACAGCUUGUCAGAGGCUGAGAGACCACUGGGAUUCUGACCCAGGUGGUGGGAUGGGGCCAGAGAAGGGACAGAUGGAUGAGCAGGCCUUAGGGGCAUGAAGGAUCAAGUAGCAAAUUCCCAAACCAGAAAUCUGGGCCUCUGCACCCUGAUGAGACAUGACCUGUGACAGAUGGGGCCUGGCUCAGGCCUGAGAGGCCCCGGUCCCAUUGUGUCUCUCUCGGGCUCCCUGUGUGCACAGUGGCUGACACCUCUGUAAUGCUGGGAGAGAGGUUGGGGAAGGCAGCCCAAGUCCUAGCAGGCCACCCAAGUCCUAGCAGGCCAGUAGCAAGGUUGUAACCACCCCAUUAGUUGAGGGGUUCCUGUGUUCUAGGCAUAGUGCUGAAUGCCACAUGUUCCUUAUCUUAUUUACUCCUCUCCUGAGGUGGGAAGUUCUCUGAUGACCCCCAUUUGCAAAGCUAGUAGUCACAGUCAGAAUAACUGAGGCUAACUAAGCCUGUGCCCCUUUCUCUCAAGGUCCUUUCUCAUUGUACCCCCAUCUUAAAAGUUGCAGCAAUGAAGAGUAAGUUUCCCUCCCAGGCUGGAGUACCCCAAGUAGGAUAACUGUUAUAAAGAAAUUUGAGGAUCUUUCCAGAGAUAGCCCAUGCAUUUACAAUCUUAUGUGUCCCCUUCCAGCACACAGGCACAGACACUCUCUCUACACCUUGGUUUUUUUCACUUAGUGUGUCUUAUAGCUGGUUCUGUAUUAGCCUGUAAGAUCUACCUCAUUUUAUUUUCACUGCUGUGUGAUAUUCCACUGUAUGAAUGUACACACAUCAUGUAGUGUGCCCUAUUACACACAGUGCCAUGCUGAAUAUACCAACACACCAUCCUUGGUAUUUGUGCAACUUCGCCUGCAGGAUAAAUUGUUAAAGGGUAGGUGCAUUUGGUAUUUUGAUAGAAAGUGUGAAUGUGGUUCCCAGUAAGUGUAUAGACAUGUCCAUUUCCCCAAGUCAUCCUUAAAACUAGUUUUUGAUCUGAUAAAAGUGCCCUCAUUUUGAUUUGCAUUCAAUUAUGAAUGAAACUGGAAAUCGUGUCUCGUGUUUAAAAAUUGUGUAUUUUUUUUCUGUGAAUUUCCUGUUCAUGUUCUUUAGCAGUUCUGUUGGGUUGUUGAUCCAUUUAAGAAUUUAUUUGUACAAACUCUGUAGUAAGGAAAUUAUGGUGUAUAUUUGCCAUAUAUGUUGCAAAUAUUUCCCCUAGUUUAUAAGUAGUACUUUAAUUUUUGCUGUAUUGAAGUAAAAUCAGAGACUUCUCUCAAGGGGAUUGUCCCAUUAUUUCACCAAGUCCUUUGAAAUGGGUCCACUUAAAAUUAGUUUUGGAAUAAGGACUGAGUUGGGUCCUGACCCCGCUGCCCGCCCCUUUUCCUGGAGAGUCGGGCCGGAGGAACCCAGCAGAACCACAAAGAUGAAGACACCUCCCGCUUCCUAGAGCUGCCGGGCAGUGCCUGCUGCCGGUGAUUCCCCCGGGCGGGUUCACAGAGCGGCGCCUGACGUGGGC